GGUGUCGUGGUUGCAGUAAAAGAGGUGGUCAGAGCAAGUUCUUACACAAGCAAGCAACCAAAGAUUAUCUGUACUUGCUCUCUCUCUCUCUCUCUCUCUCUCUCUCUCUCUCCUUAUUUCUUGCAAAAAUCUAAAAGCAAAUCUCAACUUCACGGAACACACACAAAGACAAUGGUGUGUUGUUGUUAAUAAUAGAGCAGUGACUGAGUGAUCCUUUCAUCUUCCCUCACCCAAAAGUAAAAAAAAAAAAGCCAUGGGGAAAAAGAGCGGCUCUUCUUCUUCUUGGCUUACAGCCGUGAAGCGAGCUUUCCGAUCUCCGACCAAGAAAGAACAUAAUAACGAAGUCGAAGAUGAUGAGGAAAAGAAGAGAGAGAAGAGACGGUGGUUAUUUAGAAAACCGGCGACUCAGGAAUCUCCGUUGAAGCCUUCCGGUAUCUCUCCGCCGCCACCACCGCAAGAAUCAGUUAACGUAAACUCGCAAACCUCCCCGGAGACAGCACCGAGUAACGCAACCACGACGACGCCAUCGAACGCCGAGAAACCCCCGUCUGCCGUCUCCUCCGUCGCCACGUCAGCAUCUAAGGUGGUCGCACCGAGGCGAGCUUAUUACGCAAGAGAAAAUUACGCUGCUGUUGUUAUCCAAACUUCUUUCAGAGGAUAUUUGGCAAGAAGAGCAUUACGAGCAUUAAAAGGGUUAGUGAAGCUACAAGCAUUGGUAAGGGGUCAUAAUGUGAGAAAGCAAGCCAAAAUGACUUUAAGGUGUAUGCAAGCUCUGGUUCGAGUCCAGUCUCGUGUGCUUGACCAACGCAAACGCUUGUCUCAUGACGGUAGUCGCAAAUCCGCCUUCAGCGACUCCCACACUGGUUUUGAAUCUCGUUAUAUUCAAGAUAUUUCAGAUCGACAAUCCAUGUCAAGAGAAGGAAGCAGCGUUGCGGAAGAUUGGGAUGACAGACCACACACGAUAGACGAAGUGAAAGCGAUGCUACAACGGAGACGGGACACAGCAUUGAGACAGGAGAAGACUAAUUUGUCUCAGGCUUUCUCUCAACAGAUGUGGAGAGCGGUUGGUAACCAAUCCGCGGGAGGAGACCACGAGGCAGAACUCGAGGAGGAAAGACCAAAAUGGCUGGACCGGUGGAUGGCUACUAGACCGUGGGAUAAACGACCUAGUAGUAGAGCUUCGGUUGACCAAAGGAUUUCAGUUAAAACCGUUGAGAUCGACACUUCUCAGCCUUACUCAAGAGCAAGAACGGGAAGCCCGAGUCGUAGCCAAAGACCUAGUUCCCCAUCAAGAACUAGCCACCAUUACCAAUCCCGCAAUAAUUUUCCAGCCACUCCAUCCCCGGCUAAGUCUAGACCAAUACAUAUUCGGUCAGCUAGUCCGCGGUGCCAGAGAGACCCGAGGGAAGACCGGGACCGAGCAGCUUAUAGUUAUACAUCAAACACACCAAGCUUGAGGUCUAAUUAUAGUUUCACAGCUAGGAGUGGAUGUAGCAUUAGUACCACAGUGGUUAAUAAUGCAUCAUUGUUGCCUAAUUACAUGGCAAGUACGGAGUCAGCUAAGGCCAGGAUCCGGUCUCAGAGCGCACCGAAGCAACGACCCUCGACUCCCGAGAGGGACCGUGCGGGUUCGGUCAAGAAACGGCUCUCGUAUCCGAUCCCACCACCACCGGAGUAUGAGGACAAUAUUAGCUUGAGGAGCCCAAGCUUUAAGAGUGUGGCUGGUUCACAUUUUGGUGGACUGUUAGACCAACAAUCGAAUUACUCUUCAUGUUGCACCGAGUCAACUAGUGAGAUCCCUCCAGCGUCUACUAGUGACUUUAGGAAUUGGCUUAGAUGAUUGUUCGUGAUGCCAAGUCAACGGUCACGAUCUUUCGUCACUUUCUUUAAUUAUUUUAUAUUCAGAAAGAAGAAACAAAACAUUUAUAAUUGUGUCGUUGAAGACUUGAGGUUGAGGUUGAGGUGUCCUUGGAAGAAAAGUUUAUUUAGCCGAUUGAUCUGUAACUUUGAAGAUUUCUGAAAUGUUAAAUGAUUUUAAAUUUAUUA